AUGGGCUGCAUCAUCGCCAAUCUCCCUGCGACGCCGAUGUGGCUCAUCGCCCUCUAUGUUCCCGCCAUGGAGCCGGUCUGUCAGUACUGGUUACCGCCCCAGUGGCUUUGUCUCUCUAUCUGGGUGAUGGAGGUUUUUGCUGUUCUCCUGCCGUGCCGAGAGGUAAUGCGCCAUCACACUAUCCGAAAGGGGGCCUUCGAUUCGAUCGCACGGUGGGAACCAAAUAUUAAUCCCUUGGCUGAUGGCACCAUGGCCCGCAGGUCAGCCUCUAUGCUUGUCGAGCUCGCAGGGUCUGGUCGGGAAUCAUGGGAUGGAUCUCUUGGCUCCAGCUCCAGCUCUCUGGAUAGCAUAUUCACCAAGCGUGCGCUUGAAUGCGUCUUGGCGCGCAAUCCUGCCCCGCUGCAGGAUUUCUCCGCCCAUCGCGACUUUUCCGGAGAGAAUAUAGCUUUCUUCCCGGGUGGCAGAAUGGAAGAGCUCGCUGCCCAAUGUGGCUUGGGAUGA